AGCUCUACACUCUGGGGGCUCUGGAUGAUGAAGGGUUACUCACACGUCUGGGCAGAAGGAUGGCUGAGUUUCCUCUGGAGCCCAUGUUGUGUAAGAUGUUGAUCAUGUCCGUCCACCUGGGCUGCAGCGAAGAGAUGCUCACCAUCGUGUCAAUGCUGUCUGUGCAGAACAUCUUUUAUAGACCAAAGGACAAACAGGCCCAGGCUGACCAGAAAAAGACAAAGUUUUCCCAGCUCGAGGGAGACCACCUGACCCUGUUGGCUGUCUACAACUCCUGGAAGAACAACAAGUUCUCCAACCCAUGGUGUUUCGAGAACUUCAUCCAGGCCCGCUCCUUAAAGAGAGCUCAGGAUAUACGUAAGCAGAUGCUCAGCAUCAUGGACAGGCACAAGUUGGACGUGGUGUCAUGUGGAAAAGCAACAGUGCAAGUCCAGAAAGCUAUCUGCAGCGGUUUCUUCAGGAACACUGCCAGGAAGCACCCUCAUGACGGGUACCGUACCCUGAUUGACCAGCAGGUGGUGUACCUCCACCCCUCUAGUACUCUCUUCAACCGCCAGCCAGAAUGGUAAGUCUUUAUUGUGCUGCUGUAAUACUGAAACUACCUGAAAGUAUACAAAAGUUGUUUCAAAAAAGAGAAAGUCAACAUGUUCUGAGAGGUAUUUUUAUGUUUAAAAAAAACAUUGGUGAGGGCCAAUGCCAAACAACAGUGUAUCUCAGUUAAAGGAGUGAGUUUAUGGAACAGUUGUACUGAUGAACUGAAAACAUGUAGAACGUUAAGUAGGUUUAUACAAAGGUUUAAAAUGACAUAUUGAUCAAAUAUGAAAAUGGAUGAUCAGACUGUAUACUGACAUAGAAGGACAGGGUACAGGAGCUUAAAGUG